AUGACAAUAACAAUAUUCGAAGAUCUUUCAAUCGAACUGUGCCAUGAAAUAUUUACUUAUUUUCAAUUACAUGAAGUAUUCAAUAGUUUUUCCAAUCUUAAUUCUCAAUUUGCUGCUAUUAUUAAUAACAUGCCACUUAUACCUGUUUAUUUGGGUUCAAAUAUAACGAAUAUAAGUUUAACUGAAUUCUAUCAUAUACAUUUAUCACAAUCAAAUGUAUGUCAUCGUCUUAUUUCAUUAUGUGUAUCAGAUGAAUUCUUUUCUGAUAAUGGAUUAUGGUUAUCGAAACAUGUAUCUACUUUUAUCAAUCUUCGUCAUUUAUCUUUAAUUGAUAUAGAACGUCCUAUAUUUGAGUCGAUACUUAAUAAGUGUUUAUUGAAUACAUCUCUCAUCAUGUUUUCAAUACGAUUUACAACUCAGUGUCGUGCUGCUUAUACAUAUGUAGGUGUGCCUGAAGGUGCAUAUUAUGAACGAAUCUUUCAUUUAUUUCCUUUUUUACGUAUAUGUCAUCUACAAUUCUGGCGAUAUAUAUACAGUACUUUAGACAAACAAAUAAUUCUGCCACUCAAUCAAGUUUUUAUAACGGUUAAAACAAGUCUUUUCAAUUUACAAUCAUUUGUGAUUCGAGAAUGUUCACCAGUCUUUUUCUUACAUUUAUUUGAACAUCUUCCACAAUUGCAAGAUCUUAGCUUUGGUCUGUCUGCUCUUUGGUUACCUAACAAACGUCCAUUGAAAAAUCAUAUAAACAAUCGAGUUUCUAAUAUUAACAAACAUCUAGUUCCAAAUCUACGACGUCUUAAAAUAACAUUGAACAAUGAUAUUCGUGAUGGAGAAUCAAUUGAUCAAUUAUUUGAUCAUGAUGUUUUGUUUUCGUUGACGAAUUUCACAUUAGUGGGGAUUGUAACUGGAUCCAAAGUUGUUGGUAAUUUACUUUCUAUGCUUUCUGAUCAAUGUUCAUAUACAUUAAUGGUUAAUUGGCGUGUAAGAACGAUGAUAUCAUAUUCGGAGACAAGUAUCAUUUUAUUAGAUACUUUUCGACAAUUACAAAGUCGAAUACCAAUCGAAUUAAAAUUAUCUUUAUACCAGCAAUGUUAUACUAUUGCAGUUUUAACGAUACCACAAGCAAAAAAAACUUUGUAUGAUAAUGAAUAUUUAGACUCAAAAUUAGUUACGGGUGAAGAAACAGUACAACGUGAUCAAUAUGAAUAUCGUGUUAUUACACGACAACUCUAUGGUUAUGAAAAAACGACAAAAAAAAGUCCACCAUCAAUAAGUGCAGCUGAAUUAAAUAAAUAUGGUCGAGAAGGAUGGGAAUUAUGUGGAAUUAUUAAUGGAAAUUAUGUAGCAGGCCAUUAUUCAUUACCAGUCCCAGAUCCCCAACUCGUAUUUAAACGAUUAAAAUCAAAAGCUCGAAUUCAAUCUAAUUAA